UGAACCCUUUCAUUUCAAGUGUGAGCAUUGCCUCUUUGGUUGUUUGUGAGGAUUAAUUAAAAGUUGUUUCAUUUUAUCAUAAAGGGUCAUUGAUUUUCUAUACUCUAUAGUGCCUCAACCCCACAAAACUAUAAGCCAAAGAGAAAUUUUGUUCAAUUGGGGUGCUAGCUAUAAUGGGUAACACAUUUGGUGCUAAGAAAACCACAAAGGUUAUGAAGAUUGAUGGUGAGACAUUCAAGUUGAAGACCCCAGUGAAAGUUAGGGAAGUGCUUAAGGACCACCCUGGUCUAGUUUUGCUAGAUUCUGAGGCGGUGAAGCACUAUGGUGUGAGAGCAAAGCCUUUGGAAGCACACAAGGAAUUGCAGCCAAAGAGGCUUUAUUUUCUCGUGGAGCUUCCGAAGGAAACGAAGCCGAGAAGGGUUCGUUCCGGCAUCAAUAUGAGUGCCAAGGAUCGCCUAGAGAGCCUUGUGCUCACUAGGAGGUCUGCCUCUGAUCUUUCAAUAAUGAAACAAAGCAACAACAUGGAUAAUAAUGAGAAUAAUGGUGGUGGUGUGAGGUUGAAAAUGAGGCUUCCAAAAGCUGAGGUGGAGAAGUUGAUCCAAGGUUGCAAAGAUGAGGCUGAGGCUGCUGAGAGGAUCAUGAAGCUUUAUAUGGCUAAUGGAAGCAGAGAAAAUGAGGGUGGAACUAAGGAAAAUGGUGAAAAGAUGGUUGUGUUGGAACAACAAAGAGUUAAGGAGAGUACAAAGAAGAGGGUGAGUUUUAUGCCAAUUAACGAAGGAGGGAUUGAAGUAGCUGUGGCUUCAUAACCAUUUUCAUCACAUUAACCAUGAAGCCGAAUAUUGAAUCUACUGUGUUGCUGUUAGCUUGGGGAAUAUGAAUAUCUUACUAACCAAAGGAGCUUUGCUUACACAUAGUUGGACAAGAGUUAUGUUAUUUAUACAAUGCUUAGAAUUUCAACAGGGUUACAAUUUUAUAGGUGUUUGUAUAUUAGUUUUCAUAGAACUGAAGAAUAUUUAGUAAGAACUAGUAGUUGCUCUUUUUUAGCAGACACCUGUUGUCACUAAUUGUCAAUCUAUGUAUCGUAUAUGUAGUAGCAUUACUCCUAGAGUGAUGAUGUGUACAUAUUUUUGGGUAUCUAUGAUCUCCUCAUCAUAUAUAUAGAGAAGAUACAUUAUGAAUGGAUGAGUUGAUAUUAACUUUCUACUUUUCUCUUGGAGA